AUGAAAACCAGAAACAAAUCAUACCGCCUCGUUCGUCGCGCGGGUCAACAAGGAACGCGUCCCUCGGGAGGGAACCAGCCUGAGGUCGAAAAAUAUGCAUCUGGAACAAGCUCUUCGGAAGAUGACCUACCAGGUAAUCAGAACCAGGACAUUCCUAACCCUGAACCGGUAGUGAUACCGCCUAAACAGCCAAAAGCUAAAAGAACUAGAUGGACCAAAGAAGAGUACAAAACAGUUUUGAGAGCCUUUUAUACCGCUCAGAAACACCCAACAACAAACUUAACAGCACAAUCUUUCACUGAAUGGAGGAAAAUUGUAGGGAAUGAAGUGCGAGAAAACUUUAACCCAAAUAAACUCGCAAAUGUACAAAGAGACAUAAUAAAGAAUAAAAGAUUAACUGAUGCAGAAAUCGAUCAGAUUAGGGCAAGUAUUUUGAAUGUUGAGAUAGUAGAUAAUGCUGUUGAGCCUGAACCUGCAAUGUUGAAUCAAGAACCUGAUGAUAAUGAAAUUAAUGAUAGUGACGUUGUUGAAAAUAGAAACCCUGCUGAUGUAGUUGAGGAUGCUAACUUAGACGAGUUUAUUGAACAACAUAGAGAUGAUAUAGAGGAAGCUCGCCUUGAUAUUUUACGUGAGUUCAGCAGGACUGAACAUCAAGAAUAUUCAGAAAGAGACUCGCUCCCAAAAAUCACGCAAAGCUCAAAACUUCGACAAACGAUCAAAAUUUAUAACGUUGCUUUAAAGGAUGUCUUAGAUAACCAAGAGCUUGAUUUGUCUACUCUUAACAUAUAUAUUUACGCUGCUGGGAAAGCAAUCUCAAACACAAUGGGGAAUAAACUUAAGAAGAAAACUAAGAAACAUGUUAAUAAAGCACCAAAAUGGAAAAUCAGGCUACAAAAAGAGAUUGAUGCUCUACGGGCAGAGUUAUCAAUACUAGAUGAAAUAUCAAAAGGUACACUUGUAAAAACUAAAAAAGCUCGAAAUGUUAAAAAACGAAAUGAAGUCACAGAUGAAAAGUCUCUGUUGCCUGCAAAAGAAACAAUCAAACAAAAAAUACAGGUAAAGGCCCAACGACUCCGCAGAUUUGACAAAAGAACUCGGUUCUAUAGGCAGAAUAAAAUUUUUCAGACUGAUGCAAAGAAGUUCUAUAGAGAAAUCGGUAAAGGAACAAUUAAUGUUGAGGAGCCCCCGGUUGAAGAAGAUAUGACUAACUUCUGGAAUGGUAUUUGGGGAAAAGAGAAAGAGUUUAAUAGUGAAGCCGAAUGGAUUAAGAGAGAACAGGAGAGGAUGAAUGAAGUGGAACAACAACAAUGGGAUGAAAUAACAGUAAUCAAAUUGCGUAAUGCAUCAGCUAAGUCGCAGAAAUGGAAAUCUCCGGGCGUGGACAAAAUGCCAAACUUUUGGUUAAACUCUCUCACAUCUUCACAUGAGAAACUAGCAAUAAACUUUACCAAAAUUUUACAAAACCCAGAAAGUGCUCCUGAAUGGUUAACUGAAGGAACAACAUACCUCUUACCCAAAAACCAAGAAACCCAAAACCCAAAAAACUAUAGACCAAUUACAUGUCUUACAACUACAUAUAAAAUACUAACUUCCAUUAUAACUAAUCGCAUGUACAAUUUUUUAGAUGAUAACGCCAUCCUACCACAAGAACAGAAAGGAUGUAAGAGAAACUCAUAUGGAUGCAAAGAUCAACUCCUGAUAAAUAGAACGAUUCUCGAAAACUGCCGUAAAAGUAAUAGGAACCUUAGCACUGCGUGGAUAGACUACAAAAAAGCAUUUGAUAGUGUGCCCCAUGACUGGAUCCUAAAAGCUAUAGAAAUAUAUAAAUUCUCUCCUAUUAUCACCAAUUUCUUAAAAUCAAGCAUGGAUAAGUAG